AGAACGACGACAUUCAACACCAUUUCUCGCGCAGCCGCAUCUUAAAUUCUUUUCGAAUCGAGCGCAGCUGCAACAAAUCAAGAUGCCAGGAGUAGUACCGUCCGAGUCGGAGCUCGCCCCCAAGUUCGCGCCCUUUGUCGGCAUGGCCGGCAUCGCGGCUGCAAUGAUUUUCGGAUGCGCUGGCGCAGCAUUCGGUACAGCCAAGUCGGGCAUUGGUAUCGCGGGUGUCGGAACAUUUAGGCCAGACCUCAUCAUGAAGGUAAAUUGGCACCAGCCGCCUCCUGUUGGCUUCGUCUUCCAGUAGCCGGUCACCUGGAUCCUUGAGGCUACGGUCACCGCUGAUAAAACUUCAAUUUCUUGCUGGCUUUUAGUGCUUGAUUCCUGUCAUUAUGUCUGGUAUCAUCGCUGUUUACGCCCUCGUCGUCGCCGUCUUGAUCGCCCAGGACCUCAACCCUCCGAAUGGAAACGCGAGCUACGACCUUUUCAGAGGCUUUAUGCACCUCGCUUGCGGCCUUUCCGUUGGCCUUACUGGUCUGGCCGCCGGCUACUGCAUCGGAAUUGUGGGGGAUAAGGGUGUCAGGGCUUACAUGGAGCAGUCCAGAAUCUUCGUUGGCAUGGUGCUGAUUCUGAUUUUCGGCGAGGUCUUGGGUCUUUAUGGGCUUAUUGUUGCGCUCAUUCUCAACACCAAGAGCCAGGGCUAAUUCCGACACGUCGGCUAUCUCAUACUACCUCCUUCAUCCACUAUAUUUGAACCUCACAGAUAUUACAUACAUGGGAGAGAUGGACCUGUACUAUUCCACCAGGAGACGAAGAACUAGUUGAAGCAGCACCCGGUGAGAGCAUGGCAGCAGUUUCUGCUGUGCAGGGAAGUGUCAAUAUAGCAUUUGGCCGGCGUUUUCUUUUUGGACAGUGAAUCUACCUACUUAUUUCUACAUUUCCUUUGCAGUCUUUCACGACGGUUCACAGUGUACAUUAUCGGACCCGGCAUAUCAUGAGAUUGCGAAUAUCUUGCAGUCGAUAUUUACAACUCUGCCCGGGCACAUUUCAGCUACAACGUAUGUUACGGCAUUGUCAUUCAAUAUGAACACGUG